CCGCGGACAGUUUAAGAGCAAGAAAGCAUCAAGCUAGCUAAUAUUAGGCUAACCAGGAAGUUCAAACUGUGUCAUGUGAUGUAAAAAAUGGCUGCAGUGCAGUGGUAUUCCCGUGGUCGUAACUAUGAUGCAGAGCUGCAGAUGUGUCGCCCUGAGGCGAUGCCGGUUGAAUUCGGAGACUAUCACCCCCUUAAGCCCAUCAUGGUCACAGACACAAAAACCAGCCGUGGAACCCGCAAAGGCAGCACGUCAUCCUCUUCGUCAUCCUCCUCAUCAGCCCCUCCGGAUCCCCUCAGCUCCAUGCUGGAUGGGACCGAUCCCCUGUCCUUGUUCGCUGCAGCUUCGGCUACAGAGACUUCAACCAUGUCACACAGCAGCUUCACAGGGGACCAUGGGAGGAAGAGAAAAGAGAAGCAAGAGGAGACCAUGGGACCAGAUUUUGAACCCUGGUCAUCAAAGAGAGGAGAAAUCUUGGCCAGGUUCACCACAACUGAAAAACUCUCCAUAAAUCUUUUCAUGGGUUCUGAUAAAGGAAAAGCUCCAAAUCCAGGAUCAUCAGCUGUUUCUGAGAAAGUGCGCAAUCGGCUGGAGGAGCUGGAUGACCUGGAGGAGGGCUCCCAGAGAGAGCUGCUGAACCUCUCCCAGCAGGACUACGCCAACCGGAUCGAGGAGCUGAACCAGUCCCUGAAGGAGGCCUGGGCCUCUGAUCAGAAAGUCAAAGCCCUGAAGAUCGUUAUCCAGUGCUCCAAGCUUCUGUCAGACACCGCCGUGAUCCAGUUCUACCCCAGCAAGUUCGUCCUCAUCACUGACAUCCUCGACACCUUUGGUCGCCUUGUGUUUGACAGAAUCUGGACCAUGUGCUCAGAUCCAAGACCUCUUCCAGACUCCUUUACGGUGGAAGACGUGAACGACACGGCCAAGGAGACAUGCCUCAACUGGUUCUUCAAGAUCGCCUCCAUCAGAGAGCUGCUGCCCAGACUAUAUGUUGAAACUGCUAUCCUUAAGUGCAACCGUUUCCUCAACAAACUAGGCAUUCAGGAGACACUCCCUCGGCUGACAUCUACGAUCAGAGGGAUAGGAGAUCCACUCGUAGCUGCUUAUGCCAGAGCGUAUCUCUGUAGGGUGGGCAUGGAGGUGGCCCCCCAUCUGAAAGAGUGCUUGAACCAAAACAUAUUCGACCUGCUCGCCACCUUCCGACAGAUCAGUGGAGAAAGUAUCCAGAAGCAGCUGGUGGUGCAGAGGGUGGAGGCGCCAGAGUACCUGACUCUCUACUCGCCCGCCAUCAACUGGAUCCUGCAGUGCAUCGCCUACAGAGCUCCAGAGUCACUUCUCACAGAGAUGAUGGAGAGGUGCAAAACGCUGGCUAAUAACGCUUUGCUCCUGAACUCAGUCAUGAGGGCGUUCAGGCCAGAGUUUGUUGCAGCCAGAGCAACCGACUUCAUCGGCAUGAUCAAAGACUGUGAUGAGUCCGGAUUCCCAAAGCACCUUCUGUUUGGAUCUCUGGGUCGCAGUCUGGCCUGUGCAGACCCUCCCGAGUCCGAGAGGCUGACCAUCCUGAACGAAGCAUGGAAGGUCAUCACUAAAGUCCGCAGCCCUCAGGAUUACAUCAGCUGUGCAGAGAUCUGGGUGGAGUUCACCUGCCGACACUUUUCUAAACGUGAGGUGAACACUGUUCUGGCUGACAUCAUCAAACACUUGACUCCAGACCGGGCGUUCGAGGACGCCUACCCCCAGCUGCUGCUAGUCAUCAGGAAGAUCCUCACCUACUUCCAUGACUUCUCAGUCCUCUUCUCUAUGGAGCGCUUCCUGCCUUUCCUGGACAUGUUCCAGAAGGACAGCGUCAGAGUGGAGGUCUGCAAAUCCAUCAUGGAGGUCUUCAUCAAACAUCAGGUGGAGGUCACCAGAGAUCCUGUCAUCCUCAACGCCAUGCUGCACAUCUGCAAAACCAUGCACGACUCUGUCAACGCUCUGACUCUUGAGGAUGAGAAGCGAUCUUUGUCCCUGCUGAUCAUCGGCUUCAUCCGCAUGGUUUCCUUCGGUCGGGACUUUGAGCAGCAGCUGAGCUUCUGUGUGGAGGCCAGAGCCACGUUCUGUAACCUGGAACCUGUUCUGGUGCAGCUCAUCCAUACGGUGAACCAGCUGGCCAUGGAGACCAGGAGAGUGAUGAGAGGGAAUCACUCUCGUAAGACCGCUGCCUUUGUCAGAGCGUGUGCUGCCUAUAGCUUCAUCACCAUCCCGUCUCUCAGCAGCAUCUUCAGUCGUCUUAACCUCUAUCUGCUGUCGGGUCAGGUUGCGUUGGCCAAUCAGUGUCUCUCUCAGGCUGAUGCUUUCCUGAAGACAGCAGUUGGUGUUCUCCCAGAGGUUCCUCGUUCCAUCAGCGUUGAAGGGAAGUUUCGCUCUUCUGAGAGCUUCCUGCUAGAUUUCAUCAACAACUUCUUGGCCACGCUGCUAGUUGUGCCGGACCAUCCAGAGCACGGGGUGCUCUACUUGGUCCGCGGACUGCUCAACAUGGUCCAGGAUUACACCUGGGAAGACAACAGCGACGGGAAAGUGCGGGUUUAUGUCAGCGCUCUGCCACUGCUGGCUGCCAUGAGCCAGGAGACUUAUCUCUAUUCCAUCCCCAAAAUGGACUCCAAUGAGACUCUGUACGGAGGCGACCCGAAGUUUCUGUCAGAGAUCAACAAGCUGUGUGAGACUCUGAUCGGACAGAUCUUGGACCAUCUGAAGGCCCUCGCUCGGGAUGAGCAGAACGCUCGCCGUCAGAGCACCCUGGCCUUCUCCUUGUUCGGAGUCCUGUUGGCUCACGGAGAUCUGAGGAACAUCAAGCUGAACCAGCUGGCCAUCAACCUGUGGAACCUCAGCCACAAACAUGGACACUGUGAGACCAGAGUCUCUGUUCGGACUCUGGAGAGCAUGAAACUUCAGGCUCGGCAGCCCGACUUGGCUCACCUCUCAGACACGGUCCAACGGCUCACGCUGCAGUCCCGCACCUGAACUUCAGCUAAAUGUUCAAAAAUACUUCCAGCAGUCAGACUGAUGUAAAUAAAAACAUACAAGAUUAAA